AUGGCUUUUCACGACCAUCUCCAACAGGAAAUAGCGUUCCAGCGAUUCACAGAUGAAGAAGACGAAGAUAGAGUUCCAUGGAUGAACAACAGCGUAAACGCGCGUCAACAGAAUUUCAUGCACUUGGAACCGGAGAGGAGAGAGAAAAGCAUGGAUCGGAACCGGAGCGAGAGCAAUUGCGAAACGGAGGAGUUAAGAGAAUACAAAGCGGAGAUAUUAGGUCAUCCGCUUUACGAUCAGUUGUUAUCGGCUCAUGUUUCGUGUCUCCGGAUUGCGACUCCGGUGGACCAGCUUCCGAGAAUCGAUGCUCAGCUUCAACAAUCGCAGCGCGUUCUUCAGAAAUACUCUUCCAUUGGAAUUGGAAACAUGGAUCCCAAGGAGCUUGAUCACUUUAUGACGCAUUAUGUUCUUUUGCUGUGCGCCUUCAAAGAACAGCUGCAACAACAUGUCCGUGUUCAUGCCAUGGAGGCAGUGAUGGCUUGUUGGGAUCUUGAGCAAUCUCUGCAAAGCUUGACAGGUGUAUCGUCGGGUGAAGGAACGGGAGCAACCAUGUCAGACGAUGAAGAUGAGCAGACAGAAAGUAAUGCCAAGUUGUACAACGAAGGAAGCAGCCUUGAUGGCAUUGAUACUCUUGGCUUUGGUCCUCUUGUCCCCACUGAGACUGAAAGGUCUUUGAUGGAGCGUGUUAGGCUUGAACUCAAGCAUGAGCUAAAACAGGGUUACAAGGAGAAAAUUGUUGAUGUAAGAGAAGAAAUUUUACGAAAGAGAAGAGCUGGGAAGCUCCCGGGAGACACCACAUCACUUCUGAAAGCUUGGUGGCAAUCACAUUCUAAAUGGCCCUAUCCUACUGAGGAAGACAAAGCUAGACUGGUGCAGGAAACAGGCUUGCAAUUAAAGCAGAUAAACAAUUGGUUCAUCAAUCAAAGGAAAAGGAAUUGGCAUGCUAACUCUCCAUCCUCUAGUAACUCCAAAACCAAGCGCAAGAGUGCAGGCGAUACCAGUAAUCAGAGCUUCAUGUGA